UUUAUGCUUGAGAUUUGUUUUGAAAGCAUUGUUUUAUAACCAAAAAAAAGUGAUCGUAAGAAAUUAUAUUUUACAAUGAAUAUGUCAAAUAUGUUGCGAGAGCCUAAAUUAACGAACACAUCGCCGGAUUUUGGUAAACCACCUGAGAAACAGAAUGAUCUGUUACAAUCUCUGGGUAAACCUCACAUUGACUCUUUUAAUUAUAUGCUGGAAGAUGGCCUUUUUCAAGGUAUAAAAAACAGUACACCAGUGUAUUUAACUCUUCCUAAUGGUGACAAAAUAAUCCUCUGGUUAGACAAUGUGCAAAUUCAUAAGCCCACUGUACCUUCUGGUACAAUUGGUGUAAAAAAUUAUAAAAUAUAUCCGUCAGAAUGUCGACAGAGGGGUGCUACUUAUAAAGGUAAAAUAGUAGUGAGACUUGGAUGGUCUAUAAAUGGCAUAGAGCAAGAAUUUCUUGAGAAAGAUUUAGGAGAAGUUCCAAUUAUGCUCAAGUCUAAUCGAUGUCACCUAAAUAAAAUGAGUCCUAAGGAAUUAGUUGCUCAUGGUGAACAUGAACAAGAAUGGGGUGGAUAUUUCAUAAUCAAAGGAUUAGAGCGACUUGUACGCAUGUUAAUAAUGACGAGACGAAACUAUCCCAUUGCUAUAAAAAGACCAGGUUGGAAAACUCGUGGUGAACAAUUUAGCGAUCUCGGUAUUUUUUUAAGAAGUGUUCAAGAAGAUAAUACUGCCACGAACAAUACACUGCAUUAUGUGAAUGAUGGUUCUGCAAAAUUCGCUUUUACUCACAAGAAAACUACUUACUAUGUACCAUUAAUAUUGAUGCUAAAAUGUUUGAUAGAUGUGACCGAUGUAUAUAUUUACAAAACAUUAAUUGCUGGAUGUGAAGAUGAUCUCUAUUACAGUAAUAGUGUUAUGAAUAUGUUACGUGCUUUACAUGAAGAAGGUUUACAUUGGCAUGAACAAUGUAAAGCGUAUGUAGGAAAAAUUUUUAGAGUAAAAUUCUCUGAAUUGCCUGCAGAUGCAACUGAUAUAGACAUUUGUAAUUAUAUUCUAAAACAUUGUAUUGCCAUUCAUCUUGAUGAACUGAUUGAUAAGUUUCAUUUACUUGUAUUCAUGACUAAAAAACUGUUUGCUCUUGCCCGUAACAAAUGCGCUGCCGAAGGUGCGGAUUCCGUGAUGAUGCACGAAUGUUUGUUAGGCGGGCAUUUGUAUCUACAAGUUCUCAAAGAGAAAUUGGGCUCGUGGCUGGCAAAUCUUAAAAUUCAUAUUCUCAAACGUGCCAAAAGUGCUGGUAAUAGGUACAUUUUAAAUAUGCAAGAAAUGUUGAAUGUUACCAAAAUUCGGAGCAACAUUGACGCACAAAUGGAGUAUUUCUUAUCCACUGGAAGUGUAAAGUCGUCCACUGGUCUAGGUCUCAUGCAAAAUUCCGGCCUCACAAUUGUUGUGGAAAAUAUUAAUAGGAUGCGUUAUAUGAGUCAUUUUCGUGCGAUACAUAGAGGCACAUUUUUCCAAACUAUGAGGACUACCGAAGUUAGACGAUUGUUGCCUGAUGCAUGGGGAUUUAUUUGUCCAAUACAUACGCCUGACGGUGCUCCAUGUGGGUUGCUGAAUCAUUUAACAAUGAAUUGUGUUGUCACAAAACAUCCAAAUCCAAAAUUAAAAGCCGCGAUACCCACAGUAUUGGUAGAUCUUGGAAUGAUUCCAUUGUCUAUCGCAGAUAAUUGGAAAAAUUCGUAUACCGUCAUGUUAGAUGGAAAACUAAUCGGUUUGAUCGAGAACAAGAUUAUUAAUAAAGUAGUCUACAAACUCAGAUUGCUUAAGAUAGAAGGCCAAGAAAUACCAUCGACAUUGGAAAUUGCGCUUGUACCAAAGAAGAAGGUUUCAGCUCAAUAUCCAGGGUUAUUCUUGUUUACUAAUGCAGCUAGAAUGAUGAGACCAGUGAUAAAUCUAUCUGUGCAAAAAAUUGAACUUAUUGGAACAUUUGAACAAAUUUAUAUGGACAUCUGUGUGAUUCCUGAAGAAGCUUAUGAAGGAUUCACGACUCAUCAGGAAGUAAGUCAAACAACCAUCUUCAGCAAUUUAGCUAAACUUAUUCCAAUGCCAGAUUGUAAUCAGAGUCCAAGAAACAUGUACCAAUGUCAGAUGGGUAAGCAAACAAUGGGAACGCCAUGUUACAAUUGGCAACAACAAUCGCAAACAAAAUUGUACAGAUUGCAAACACCAGCUGCGCCUCUUUUUAGACCAGUGCAUCAUGAUAAUAUUAACAUGGAUGAUUUUGCGAUGGGUACCAACGCAAUAAUUGCUGUUAUUUCAUAUACGGGGUACGAUAUGGAAGACGCGAUGGUAAUCAACAAGGCAUCCUAUGAACGCGGUUUCGGACAUGGAACGAUCUAUAAGUCUGAAUUUGUUGAUUUAAACGAUAAGAAGAGUUACUUUACACGCAAUCCAGACAAGCCUGAACUUGAGAAAACGUUAGAUAUUGAUGGUUUACCUAUUAUGGGUGCCUUUAUCAAAGAAGAUGACCCUUAUUAUUGUUAUUAUGAUGCUGAUAAUAGUAAUUACGUCAUUGGAAGAUACAAAAGCACAGAAAACGCUUACAUUGACAAUGUAAAGUUAUGUGGAACACUUAACAGUCAAGAGCCUCGAAGAGCAUGUAUUACAUUCCGUAUUCCUAGAAAUCCUAUCGUUGGAGAUAAAUUUGCGUCAAGAGCGGGACAAAAAGGAAUUCUUUCGCGGUUGUAUCCUGCUGAGGAUUUACCAUUCACAGAAACCGGGAUGGUUCCGGAUAUUAUAUUCAAUCCACACGGGUUUCCAAGUCGUAUGACAAUAGCUAUGAUGAUCGAAGUGAUGGCCGGAAAAUCAGCGGCUGUGCAUGGACUAGUUCACGAUGCUACACCCUUUAGAUUUGAUGAGGAAAACACAGCCAUAGACUACUUCGGAAAAUUAUUAGAACUCGGUGGCUAUAAUUAUUACGGAACUGAAAGAAUGUAUUCAGGUAUAUAUGGAUGCGAGAUGAAAGCCAGCAUCUUCUUUGGUAUAGUUCAUUAUCAAAGAUUGCGACACAUGGUCUCCGACAAGUGGCAGGUAAGAAGCACUGGACCACUCGAUCAACUAACGAGACAACCUCUCAAAGGUCGUCGACGAGGCGGCGGUGUUCGAUUUGGAGAGAUGGAACGAGACGCUUUAAUUUCUCAUGGUUGCUCGUACCUUCUUCAAGAUCGGCUCUUUCAUUGUUCCGAUAAAAUGACGACUUUAGCAUGCCAAAAAUGCGGUUCGCUACUUGGACCCGAAUUAAUCAUGAAUAAUAGAAAUGAUGACGACGAUAAGAAAUGCCGUCUGUGCGGCGAAGAAGAUAAUGUAAAUGAGAUCGAGAUACCAUAUAUAUUCAGAUUUCUCUUAAUACAAUUGGCAUCCUGUAAUAUUAACAUUAAAUUGCAAUUUAGGAAAGUUUAAGUAAAAUAUAUCUGUACGUAUGUGGAUGUUUGUAAUGUCGCGUGUACAACAGUUUUUCAACAGAAUAAAAUUUUAUUCUCUCUAACA